AUGGAACAGCAGGUGAUAGCACAUCAAAAAUACUUUGCCACGUUAACUUCCCAAAUGGCUAAAUACAUAUUCCUCACGGAUCUUGAGGCACGCAAUCGAACGUUGUUCUACAGCUUUUUGAUGAGUAAUCCCGAUGAGUAUAUGAAGGUCUUUGUAAGCGCUACCACUGGAUAUUUGGUGAAACAGUUUGGUAUCUUCUACACUGUGUUUCGCGGCAUGUUUAUCACCAUCAAGGAUCGCGGACAUAUUUACGAUGUGCUCUCCAAUUGGCCAUAUGCCGAGUACGUUCGUUGUCUUAUUGUGAGCAAUGGCAAGUCGGUGCUCAGUUAUGGCGAUCAAGGUGUCAAUGGUACUCCAGUGAUUGUCUACAAAAAGUACUCGAAUGUCGUGCACGGCGGCAUUGAACCCGAUUGUUGUCUGCCCGUCACACUGGAUGUUGGCACGGACAAUGAGCAAAUCUUGCAGAAUCCUCAAUAUUGUGGCAUUCGACAGAAACGUAUCUCGACAGCGGAGUUCGACGAGUUCUUCGAGGAGUUCACACAUGCUGUGAUACGGCGCUUUGGCUCGCGUGCCAUCAUACAGACCAAGGACUUUGGCUCCUCGGAGGCCAUCAAGCAGCUGUCGUUGUAUCGCAAGCAGCAGUGCAUCGUGGACAUCGAUCUGCAGUAUAUGGGAGCUUGUGGACUUGCGGGUAUAUUGGGAGCACUACAGAUCACUAAGCUGCCGUUCAAGGACAACGUGCUGCUCUUCCAUGGCGACUCAAGCUUCUGCAUUGGCAUGGCUCGGAUGUGUGUGGCUUACUUAAAAAGAUCGGGACUGAAUGAGAGUGCAGCGAAGUCAGGCAUUUGGUUCUAUGAUGGCAAGGGAUUGGUAGUGUUUAACCGCACUUCUUGGAAGGUGUCCGAACGAAUGCAGGAGUUCCAGCAUGUGCAUAAGCCGGUUGAGGGACUUGUCGAGUCCAUUGAUGCUGUCAAGCCAAACAUUUUGAUUGGCUUCGGAUUGGGCGAAAAAGCUUUCACCAAAGAUGUGCUGAGAGCCAUGGAACGUAGUGCUCAACAGCCGAUUAUAUUUGCUAUGUCACGGCCACUGGAGGUGAUGGAGUGUACAGCAGAGGAUGCCUAUACAUACACCAAAGGUCGAUGCAUCUACAUCUCGGGGCAUUUCGCUGCCAUCGAUAAAGUAUGCCAACAAAGUGUAUCAGCCGGGCUACUGCAGCAGUGA